CGUUGUCGUAGACGUUGGAGGAUACGCACCUUCCAACAUGCGAUUUAUUCUGCUUACCUUAAGUUUAUUUUGUGUGAAAGUGAAAUGUUUCAAUUUGGACAUGGACUUUCCGAUCGUUUUUACGGAUCGUUCUUCUUCUUCGACUGAAAAAACUUAUUUUGGGUAUUCUGUUGCAAUGUAUCCAGGGCGACUUUAUAGUGAAAAAAUUUUGAUCGGAGCUCCAAAAUCAAAUGACACCAAGUAUCCAGCCAUCGAGCGGCCAGGCAUUGCUUACGAUUGUCACGUUAAAAUGGGAUGUAGGCCAAUUGAUUUUCCACAUUCUACAGAACAGCCAAGGGAACAAUGGAAGCGCGGCUUUGUUGGAGGAACUAUGGAUAUAUCUUACAACCAGUCAAGAGUUGCGGUAUGCGGUUUUCGACAAUAUUAUAUCGUAAACGGUGACUACAGGUCAAUGGGUGCAUGUUUUUGGUCAUUUUUAAAUAAAACAGAAUUCAAAAAUAUUAAGCCUUUGUUAAACACAGGAAAGGGCACAUAUUCUUACGGCAAAAUGGGAAGCGUGUAUUUUUAUGGUCAGUCAGAAGCAGGAUUUUCUGCGCAUUUACCUGAACGGGAAAAUGAAUUAAUUUUGGGAGCGCCAGGUACAUUAAACUGGGCUGGAACUCCAUUACGAGUAUAUGAUUUAGAAUACGAUAACCCUGAGCCAAGCAGACGCAAAAGACAAAUCGAUCCAAAACGAAGCAGAAGAGAACUAGAGCCAUUUAAAAACGUAAUGAUACCAGAUUCUACAACAAAUGCAGCUUUUAAUCUCUUUGGUUACAGUGUAACGUCAGGGUAUUAUUAUGGUCCGAAUACUAUUUAUUAUGCGUCAGGAAGUCCCAAAGCAAAUGGUUAUAAUGGAAAAGUCGUUGUAUUUAGAUUUAAUGAUGAGGCUCCAAUCAGAGUACACGAAACGAAAAACGGCGAACAAUUUGGCGAAUACUUUGGUGCAAGUUUAGCAAGUGGUGACGUAAAUGGUGAUACGUUCGACGAUCUCUUGGUUGGAGCUCCAUUUUAUAAAGGUAGCACAUACAACGAAGGAAGAGUUUUCGUAUUCCUUGGAGGUCGUAGCAAUCUGCAAACGCCGACUAUAAUAAGUGGGACAGGUAAAAAUGGACAAUUCGGAACAUCCAUUAUUUAUAUGGGAGACAUAGAUAAUGAUGGAUUCGGAGAAGUUGCCAUAAGUGCUCCCUAUGAAAAUGAAAACACAGGUAAUGUAUAUAUCUACAAGGGAGCUCAGGACGGAUUAUUAGCAAAACCUUGUCAAGUAAUCGAAGGAAAAGAAAUAUUCCCAGACUUACUGGGUUUUGGAAUAACAAUUUCCAAAGCUGUCGAUAUGGAUGGAAAUGGUUAUAAAGAUAUUACUGUCGGAUCCCAUGUAUCAGGACAUGCGGUAUUAUUUAGAGGAAAACCGAUUGUAACAAUUAAGUAUACUCUUGAAUCUAUUCCCAGAAUUCUACCAGAAGAUCUAAGAACUUUCGUAAUUAAUGUAUGUUUUACAUACGAAAUGUUUAAUGAAAAAUCUGUAGAUGUAAAAUACAAAGUUACAGUAGAUGAACUGCUUGCAAGAGCAUUAAUUGGAUAUGAGUCUUCAAUAUCAACAAAUGUGACAAUUUAUAAAGAUGUACCUGCUUGCCAAAAUAUUACUGUAACAAUAAAAGAUACUCCUUCCUUAGAUAUUAAAAUUCCCAUACAAGUUUCUCUAUCUUACGACUUGAACUAUCCAAAAAAUAACAAAUCCGUAACCUUCGUGUCAACGAGAUUAGAGCAAGAUAAUGAUUAUCUUAAUAUUAGAAGACCAGUUCUGGACACUUAUAAAUCCAACGAAACAUUUUUUGAAACUGCAAUACCGUUCACACUAGAUUGUGGUUCAGAUAAUGAAUGCCAAUCAUGGAUUAAUGUUGACAUAAAAUUUCCUCAGCUAAGUGAGAACACCCUCAUUGUUGGAUCUCUCGUAUAUUUAAAAAUGGAAGUUAAUAUAACAAAUACUUUAGAAAAUGCUUAUUCUACAAAAUUUUUUGUAGCUUUGCCACCAGUAGUAUUUUUCAGACAAGCUCCCCAAAAAUGUAGCUCUAAUGGAUCUGCUAUAACUUGUGACGUUGGGAACCCUUUAAGAAAUAAUACAAAUAAACCACCCAUUGAAUUUGAAAUUGGAGUUAUGUCUUUGGACCAUCAAUAUGAUAUCGAUCGGCUGGAAAUAUAUUCCAGCAUAAGUACUCAAAGUGAUAAUUCAAAUAAUGAUACUCAGUUGACUACUUUAACUCUAAAGAGAGAAGCGGAUAUUACGAUAUAUGGACAAAGUGAACAAGAAACUAAUUAUUAUGGAAAUAGCUCUGUUAGCACAUCACUUCUAACGCACACUUACAAAAUCGAAAAAUUUGGCGCUAGCUCUUUAGAAAAAUUGGUGAUUAAACUACAAGUACCUAAAGAAUAUCACGAAGCAGGUAAACCACCUGUAAAGUUUCUUAUUUCUAUUGCUCCUGUUGAAAUAAUGUUUGGAGGACAAUCGUUGAAAUGUAAUGUAAACGGAACUGAAGAAACUGCUGAAGUGACUACCAAAACUAUACUAAACGCUGACGAUACAAUAGAAACUAGCAAAAAACGAAGAAAAAGACAAGUGGAAACCUUUAAGGAAAUUUCAGAGAGCCGCCAAAAUGAAAACAUUAAGGUCGACGAUGAGGAAGUUGAAAUCAUUGCUAAUAAAACUUUGUUUUUGAACUGUUCAUCGGAGGGAGUUACUUGUUUUGAAGCUGUUUGUAGUUUUGGACCUUACAGCCAAGAAAAUACACCAGCCUCAGUGACUUUAAGGAUGACGGUCAAUAUUACAGAAAUAGCAGGAAUGGCAAAGACUAAAGACAUGGUUCUUAUCGCUACAAAUGGAGAAGUUAUGGUAGAAUCUCCAGUUAAUUUCAUUCAGUAUCAAGACAGACCUGAUGUCUUUACCGUGUCAAGCUUAUUCAUAAACGACAUUUCGAAACCAGCAAAGGUAGCGUUGUGGAUAAUUAUCCUAUCCGUAAUCAUCGGUAUACUGCUUCUACUACUUUUAAUAUUCGGUCUCAUCAAGGCUGGUUUUUUCAAGAGAUCCAAAAAAGAAGAACUUGAAAGUCUUAAAGCAGCGGCUGAUCAAGAGGAUAAAAUUUUGGAAAUAAUAGAGGGUAGCAAAAUGGAAGACGAUGAGAUGGAGACUACAUUCGAUGGUGAAAUGAAGGAUGAACCACUUAAUAAUGAUACGCCUACUGCGACUGAAUCACAAUCUAAGGAACACCUUGUUGACAUGUAAAAAGUUAAUGUAAUUUCAUGCGAAGUGUCUUGUGAUAUUUAAAAAGUAUUUUUAUCUGUAAAUUACUUUAAUAUAUGUUAUGUAAUAGUAGUUUGAGUAAAAAAUAAAUAUUUAAAUGUU